CGUUAUUUCAGCGUCACUGUAUGACGCUGCGUGAUGACGUGUACGCACUCGCUAGCAAACAUGGCGAAGAAACAACGUGGGAAAAGCGCUCCGUCUUCAAAGACGGCGGAUAUGAAGAAACAGACUGAACAUUUCAAUUUAAUACUCGAGUCCAGUGACGACGAGGCGCCCGAAGAGGUGACCUUUGAAGAUUCAAAGGCUGAAGCUCUACGGAGCAUGAAACAGGCGCUGGACACGGCCCGGAGGGAAAAAGAGCAACUGAAAGAGAAGAGGAGGAAGAGACAGGAACUGUUCCAGGAGCAGAAGAAAAGGAAACUCCUACCUGCCGACGUGUUGGAGGAAAUCGACUCGGCUCCUUCAAAGAUGCGGAAACAGUGUCAAGAAGAAGCAGAAGAGGAGCAGCAGGAGGCUGAAGAGGAUGAGCAAAGAAAGAAGAAAAGGAAGAGGAGCGGCAAACUGGCACAUGCCCGGAAUCUGAAGGGGAACUACACGGUGCAGACGGGGAAGGAGCGCGGGGCGGCGUCCUUCCAGCAGCAAGCGGCCCAGGACUUCCUCCAGUCCAGGAUGUACGGACCAGGAAGCUGCAGGAGCACGAGCAACGAGCUGCUGUCGCUCCAGAACAAGACGGGGAGAAAUAAAAGCGCAGCGGUGCAGUUUGUCAAGAAAGACUGGGCCUGCGACCAGAAGGCCAAAGCAGAGAAGCUGAAGAAGAGAUGGGUCCACAAGCAGCAGAUUCCGUCCUGCUGAGACCCGGUCGGACCGACUGCACGUCUCCA